CUGACAGCUGGAGUGAAUCAGCGCCAACUUGGACAUCAGAAAGGACUCUUACAGCCGAGUCACAUCUCUUCAGUGGCGUUUUCACACUGAGCCGUCCCACAUUUAGGAGUGGGGUGUUGUGGGGGAGCCACGUGUACAGGAACUGGAGUCUGACAGUUGCCUGACUGGAACCACUGCACUGUUUUACUAGGAAGUCCAUCCCCGCAGCUAGCCGUCUCUCGUUAUCCAAAGUCGUUUGAACUUCUCACACAGCGUCACUUUCAGUCGUUGUGCUUGACAGGCAAUCAUGGCUGUUUGGAGAAAACUGUGGUGCAGAAACCUCCUUGCUGUGUCCCUGCUCUUCUGCAUCCUGCUCCACACCAUGGAUGUGCACGCACGGCCAGCCAACAUGUCAGCUGCUAAAGAGAAGUCUCCAGCCUCCAAGGAUGACAACGAGAUUCUCCCCCCUGACCACCUGAAUGGGGUGAAGAUGGAGAUGGAUGGCCACCUCAACAAGGACUUCCAUCAGGAGGUUUUCCUGGGUAAAGAGAUCGAGGAGUUUGAGGAGGACUCGGAGCCGAGGAGGAACAGAAAGAAGCUGAUUGAGAUUUUCACCAAAGUUGAUUUCAACAAGGACAGGAGUGUUAGCGCCAAGGAGAUGCAGCGCUGGAUUAUGGAGAAGACGGAGGAGCACUUUCAGGAGGCCAUGGUGGAGAACAAGAACAGUUUCCGUGCCGUUGACCCGGACGGUGAUGGUCACGUGACAUGGGAUGAAUACAGAGUCAAAUUUCUGGCCAGCAAAGGUUUCAAUGAAAAGGAGAUCGCUGAGAAAAUAAAGAACAAUGAAGAUCUGAAACUGGAUGAGGAAACUCAGGAGGUUUUGGAGAGCCUGAAGGACCGUUGGUUUCAGGCCGACAACCCCCCAGCUGACCAGCUGCUGAACGAGCAGGAGUUCCUGUCUUUCCUUCAUCCUGAGCACAGCAGAGGCAUGCUCAAGUACAUGGUCAAGGAGAUUGUGCGCGACUUAGAUCAGGAUGGCGAUAAGAAACUGACCCUGUCAGAGUUCAUCUCUCUACCUGUGGGCACCGUGGAGAACCAGCAGGCUCAGGACAUCGAUGACGACUGGGUGCGAGAGAGGAAGAAGGAGUUUGAGGACGUCAUUGAUGCAAACCGUGAUGGGAUUGUGACCAUGGAGGAGCUGGAGGAGUACAUGGACCCAAUGAACGAGCACAACGCCUUGAACGAGGCCAAGCAGAUGAUCGCCGUCGCAGACGAGAACCAGAAUCAUAACCUGGAGCUGGACGAGAUUCUCAAGUACAGCGAAUACUUCACGGGCAGCAAGCUCAUGGAUUACGCCAGAAAUGUUCACGAGGAGUUCUGAAGACCCCCCCCCCCCAGCCUGCUCAGCAAAGCGGGCGACAUCCUACAUGUGCUUCAGGGACAAGCCUGAGGAGAGGGGCAACGUAACGAUAGGAUGUUCUAGUGUGCAAUUCUGUGUUUCAAAGCCUAGCCCCAACGGCCUCUUUCACUGCUGACUACGAUCGACAAAUCCUCCCUUCAGCCCUGGACUGUCUGCCAGCCGUCAUUAACAUGGUCUGCCUUUCCGUGUGCCAUUGAACUUUAAAACGUUGGGCUGCUUGACUCCAAAUUUAUUUGUGUGAUAUUGUGAAAUGUGUGUAUAUGAGGAAUUUUAACCCCGACUAGAUAUUUCCGUUCUUGGUGCAGUGGUGAGGGAGACUGCGCAGCUAGGCGUUAUCACUAUUCGUUCUGCAGGAUCUGUCGUUUUAGCUUGCGUGUCUGUACAGAGUGUAAAUAUUCAUUGUCACGUACCGAUGCCUCUGUCAGAGGGAAGAGCUGAGAAAAUAAAUAUAAUGCUGCUACGAAGUAAAAUCCCUCAUAGAGAUAUCAUUAUAAGAAGAGUUUGUAGGUGAUGUACACCAGAUUUCCCCAAAUUUAAAGGUGAUUUUUGCCAUUAGACUAUGGAUAGCUUCCGUCCUUCUACUUACAAACAGGGUAAAAAAUAGAAGUAUAACUUUUAAAAAAUCCACCUCAGUAACGCACAGCAAUCUGACUUAGCACAGACUUUCAUUAACAUUUAUUAUCAGAGUAAUAUAUGAGAACAAUGUGACUUUUCCCAGCAGACAUUUUGACUUACUGAAGGAAAAGCAGGCGUCACUGAUAACCUUAACACUAUUAUUAACAGCAUUAGUUUCACCUGUGUGUGUGUCGGGUCAAAAUGUCUCCUGUGUGUAAAGGCCUGUUGUACAAUUAAAACUAAUCUAAUUCAUGCUCUUGUUAAGAUGCAGAUAAAGAGAAAUGUAUUUAUUUGACCAGUAUAAUUUGGAUCAGCUGCCUCCUUGAACAUCUCACAGGUUUGUUCUUAUUCACAGUAGGAGUCAGGUCCUGGUGUCUUUGUUCACUCUUCAUCACAUUUACCUGUUCACUAAAUUCUGAAUGCUUUUAGUUAAUGCGUACAUUUCCACCUUGUUUUCGAAUGCAUGGACAAACAAACAGCAUUACAUUCCUGGUUUUUGUUUCCCAGUAACCUGUGGAGUGUUUGGAUCCUGCUACAGGCUUCUCUGUCCUUGGUCCUGUUUCGAUUGUAAGAUAAGAUUUAUGAUGACAGAAUGUGACACAGCUUUAUAAAAAAAAAAGUACUGCAAAUAUACUGGUAAACAAUAAAUAUUUCUUAUCAAUUAAA